UCCCUAGAGGGUUUUCAAAAACAUACUUUGAUCCAAAGCAAGAACCCUCUACCAACAGAGAGAACAGAAAUUAUCAAAGGGACAAUUCCUCUGGACUAAGUUUUUCAGUGUCAUCAAAGCCUAAAUGGAGUACAGAAAUGUCCUCUGUCAAAAAAGCUCAGUCACUUCUGCCUGAUGACAAUGACGAGACAAGCAGAACGUGGUUUACAGGGUCUACAAAGUAUUGUAGUCAGUCCUUAGAAAGGACCAGGAGUAGACUGUCAGCAACUGCUCAAUGCAAUGCUCGCAGGAACCAGCCUGACAGUUCAAGCAUCUCCGGCCAGGGUGUCAAACACUUGUUAACCACUUCCGGAGGAAUCAAGGAGGAAAUUGGGGAAGAUAAACACCCACUGGCCUCAAAAGGAGAAGCACACAAUGAAAUCCAUAAAGAGGAAGAGAAAGAUCAUGUCUUCAUGGUUAAAACUGCAGGAAGGAGAGGAGAUGGUGUUCUAGAAAAGUCGCGUUUACCAUCCUCAGAUUCUGUGAAGAAUACAAUCAGCAUGUUUGAAUCUUUGGCUCAACAAAGCAAAAGCACACCAGAGAUUCUUUACACCAGGAGGACAUUAUCUGUACCAGAGCCCUCCAAGCCUGCAGCUCCAUUGAAGAAGAGUGUUUCGGGAAAAAAUCUACAUUUUGGAAGGGUUGUGGGGAACACAGAAAGCCUAAGAACAAAUAUCUUUGGCAAAAGCGAUUCUAAUGAGGAGACUGAAGGAACUGUUGACCUAAGUAGAACUCCUCAUUCAAAUUCCACAGUCAAAGUAAGACCAACAUUAGAACAACAUCAAGAGACAUACAAAAAGAGUCUUGAGCUUGCUCCAGCAUUAAAACAAAUGAAUGAACCAAGAACUGACCAAGUUAUCAGCAUGAGGGAUGAAGAUGAAAGGAGGACUGUGAAUAAAAAACACAUAGAUGAACCAGAUUCUACCAUCAAUGCUCACUCAGGGCUCAGAAACAUAGGGGCAGUGGAAGAAAAAGCAAGAAUCCCAUCAAUCUCUCAACAGUCAAAUGUCAAAAGUUUACAAAAGCAAAAGUCAAUUAAUGUAAAAAUAGUUGAUGAUGAUGAAAACACGCCAACUAACUCACCUGAUGGAGCCCCUCUCACAGUUAACAUUCAAAAGCAGAGUAGCCCUGGAGCCGUAACAGUCAAUGGUAACCAUCCCAAAGUGCUGCCCAAUCAUCCUCAAAGUUCUACUCAUAUCCAGACAAUAUAUUCCUCACUCAAUAACUCUAAUAAUAACAACUAUGAAACAACAAGGAAGGAUUUGACCCCAAUGACUACUAGCAUGGCCAGGUGGAGCUCUGAUGAAGAAGAUGAUGAUGAGGAAACAGACACCGAAGGAGACUCUGACUCAGGAGAGUCAUCUGUGACCAUCACAAGCACCAUGAGCCAAUCAGAACGCAAAAGUUUCUCUCUAAGUUUUGUGGAACUAUGUAAUUAUGGUGGAGUGGACUAUAAACCAUCAGAUGGAUGUUUGUCAGAGGAUGAUGAAGUUUCGCCAUACACACGCUCUGCGUCCUUGAGCUCAGACAUCUCAGCCUUCUCUUCUGUGACUCUGCUGAGCACCGAUGAACUGGAUCACUUAAUAGAUGAUGUCAGGGGCUUGGAAGAUGACACCCUGCAGAAAUAUGAAGAUGUGCAAGUAGUUGUGUUACACAAGGAAAAAGGGAGUGGCUUAGGAUUUACCUUGGCAGGUGGUGUGGAUCAGAAUAAACCAGUCACAGUGAGUAUCACUGAAUGCUGUAACGCACAAACAUGACUAAUAGGAACAGAUACAGAUGGUCAA